AUGGAGGUAAAUCCAGAUCAUAAACCCCGAUUCCAGAACUUUGAAUGCCCACAAACACCAAAACCCGGUGUGGCACGAGCCGGCAGUGAUUUGACACGUGAUCCGACCAGAUGUUACAUGUUGAAUCGAGAGAUUUGUGCCAAACCUGUCAAACCGCCUGAGGAUUAUAUGAAUUGUUGGAAAACUUGUCCGGAUCAUUCGUGUAAACGGCAAUCCACCUUGAAAUGCCCAGACAUGGAGACUGGUAGAGAACCGAUGCGCAAACACACGGCUUGA